UUAGGAACAGUGACGGAGAGGAUUUGUUGUUCUACGGCUCUCUAAUAGAUCGCAAUGGCUUCCAAGCUUCUACGAGCUGUUGUCUUGGGUCCUCCAGGCUCCGGGAAAGGAACUGUGUGUGAGAGGAUCGCCAAGAGCUUUGGCCUUCAGCAUCUCUCCAGUGGGCAGUUCUUAAGGGAAAACAUCAGCGCAAACAGCGAUGUCGGCAGAUUGGCAAAGCAGUAUCUUGAAAAAGACCUUUUGGUGCCAGAUCUUGUCUUCACACGUGUAAUGAUGACAGAAUUGGAUAAAAUGCAGACUCAGCCUUGGUUACUUGAUGGUUUUCCUAGAACAUUAGGCCAAGCUGAAGCACUUGACAGAAUAUGUGAACUGGAUCUAGUCAUAAGUUUGAACAUCCCAUUUGAGACCCUAAAAGACCGCCUAAGCACACGUUGGAUUCAUCCAGCUAGUGGGAGAGUAUAUAAUAUGGAAUUCAACCCACCUCAUGUACACGGGAUUGACGAUAUUACUGGUGAGCCAUUAAUCCAGCGAGAGGAUGAUCAACCUGAAGCUGUUGCUGCCAGGCUAAGAAAAUACAAAGAUGCUGCAAAGCCUGUAAUGGAAUUGUACAAAAACAGAGGGAUCCUACACUCAUUCUCUGGGACAGAGACAAACAAAAUCUGGCCUUAUGUAUACACUCUGGUAUCCAGCAAGAUUCCUCCAAUCCAGGCUGAAGAAGCAAAUUGAGCAUCUCCAAAACAGGAACAGGAGUUAAUAUACUCAUUUUUAAUUUUUGCUUUGUUUAUGGUGUGCUGUAUCUGUGUUCUGCCCUUUUUAGAAACUUGCUUUUCUCCCUGGUUUUACUGGAGAAUAGCUGUGGAAACACGUCUUCUUUGAAAGAUUGCUAUAUAUGGAUUCCUAGUUCUCAGUAUAUAAAAUAUUUGUGCAUAGACUUCAAGUAAUCGUAAUUGGCUAUGCAGAAACAGAUAUUCUAUAGAACCUGUUGCUCAUUCCAUCCCUCCAGACACAACAAUUUUUUCCACAUUUUAUGAACAUUUGGAAACUUUUUCUAACACUCCACGGUAAUUUAAAAGUACACACACUACCCUGAAUGUAUGUGCAAUACAACAAGCACUCUGGAAAAUAUGUACAUUAUAGAGGACAAAUAAAUGUAUGUUUGAGUAUUUAAGAAAUGGAGAAUGAAAUUCAUGAUGGUUUAAAUGUUUUGGUUCUCAGACAAAACCAACAUUAAAGAAUAUCUAUUAUAAAAAUGCUGCUGUAGGAUGAUGGAACUAUUUUUUUUUAACUUGGUGGCCUGGCUUUAGGCCAUCCUGUAAGCCAGGUUUCUAGAGGAGACCUAUUCUGGAUUUAAGAAAAGUUGCACUACUUGAUUAGUAUUUCUAUAGCUUUAAUAUUGUUCAAUAUUGCAGUCUGUAACUUCUGUACAUGCAAAAUUGUUUCAAGGAAAUGAUCAUGCGUUCAAACGUAAUAUCAGAUCCAGGUGAUCACUGAUAUAGCAAACAGCAAAUUCCCAUGACUACAGAGGCUGAAAAAAAAUGUCACCGCAAUUGUAGAAGUUGCUGCUGACUUAGGUCUGUGCAUGUUAGGUUUGUCCAUGUAAGUUGUGUCAGGAUUGCUCAUGUGUGCAUACUAGUAUUGCAUAUACUGAACCAAAGACUUGGGGUGCUUCCAAACGAGGAUUUUAUCACACCAUCACCCUGCCUCAUUCAUGGAAUUUUACGAGGACCCAGAGGACUUCCAUUCAUAGCCCUCCCAUAUUUUUCCACUGCUUCCAUCUUUUUUCCUACCAUGGAAAAUCCAUUAAGUAAGUACAAAUGAAUAGCUGUAUAAUGCUCUCUGAUUGUUAGUGGUAGGCCACCUCAGUUGGGAGCAUCCUGAGUUCAAUUGGUCUCUUUUUGUUUGCUUGUUUUGUUUACCACCUCUGUAGAGGAUGAUUUGUAUUGGCUUUAUAACUGAGAUCCUUUCUCCCCUCCUGAGUAGGAUUAUUUUGUUUUACAUUUUCCCCUUUUGUCUAGUUUUCAAGGACUACCUGGUCAGUUUUUGACUACAUAAUAAAGUGAGAGUAGUUACUUUUAUCCCUUCAUCUUGCAGUUCCAAUGUAUUUUACCCUUCCUUGUACAUUGCAAUGUGUCAUGCACCAGAAUCAGACUUAAACUGAAGGUCAGCAAGCACUUUCAGUCUGUGAAUAAAAACAAAACAUUCUGCUAUAUAUGUAUUCUUUGAUAGCUGUUCUGUUAUAGAUUGUUCUUGAAGUUAUAUACUAAGAGUGCAGCUAAUACGAGCAUUGAACAAAUUCCUGCCAAAUAAUUCUAGACCAAAAGUAGAACAGAAAUAUCCUUUUUUCUAAAAUCGUAGCCUUGGUUUGGUGGGGUGCUGUUGCUGGGGAGGUUUUUUAACCACCCAAACCUUAAGCAUUCCAGCCUCGGGGUGGACAAUUGGAAUGGUGCACCCUAGGCUGUUUGCAGGGAACCCUCUCCCUAUUUAUACCAUUAGAAUUUUAAAAUGUUUUCUAAGGGGUUGUGCAUUUAUUCAUCCCCCCACUUUACAUUUUAAUGCAAUUUGGCCCAGGUUAUUGCUCUCUCCUAAACAUUUCCUGUCCACUUGUACAUCUACAAAUUUAUGGCAAUUAGCCUAUAUGAGCAGAAGAGUGGUCUUCUACAUCUCUUCUGUGCCACAGGCUGAGAGUGAAAACUUAAAGACAGAUGAUGCCAUAAUGUUCCAUAUUCUUCUGAACCUCUAGAGAGAAGGCCAGAAAUCUGAUAUAGAUAGAUUUUUCAUUUGUUCUGUUUCUUUUCUCCUAUUUUUUUUAAAGCUACAACUAUAUAUUUAACCAAUUUUUGCUGCAUGGCUUCAGAUUGGUUGGAGACCAUUUUGGAAGUAUGCAAAAAAUCCUCCACUUCUGUUACAAGUCUAUAUGUCAGUAGAAAUGUGGUACUUGUAAUUCUUCUGUCUGCUCAUUUUUAAAUUGCAAGCCACUUUGGAUAGGGAAUGGCUUGCAGUUUCAUUCUUUUUUGUAAGGUAUAGUGUAUGAUUAAAUGCUACAUAAAUAAGUUGGGGGACUUUCUAGAGAAAUAUCCAAGGCAGCUUGAUGACCUGUAGUUGGAAGCAUAACAUUGGAGAAGACCCAUGGAGGAGCUUUGAAAUGCUCUUUGAAAUGGUCUAUAACAGUUCUGAGAAACAUGUCUUGUGGUUUCAGUCCCAGAACUCAUUUUUGUAGCACAUGGAAAAUUGAUCUAGUAUGAAACUGCUAUAUUGCUGUGUGAAUUUUCUUCAAAUAUGUAUUUAAAUAUGUAUACUUUUAUUCCAGGCUUAAAACACCUUCUCUUUGCUACUCUGAGUAGCUGAGCAAAAAUACUCCUACCAGAGGCUAUCCAGAAGUUACUGUCUAUUGUUUUGGUCUUAGCUUUUUCCCAGAAUCACAAUCUUCCCUAAUGCACCACAAUUUUCACCUCAUGAUGUUGGCACUUUACUGUGAAUCUGAUGCAUUUUUGAAGUUAUGAUCCUGUUUUUGUAAUGACUGUAUCUUGGGAGUAAAAGGGGGUUCUCUGUUUAGCCAGUUCUAGGCAACAGUUUUUGUAUGUAUGUAUUGUAAUAGAGGGAGGUGGGGGUAUUUUGUUCUUUCAUUUUUAAUAGUCUCUCCUCCUGCCUCCCCAAAUUCUACAGCUGUACUACCAUUUGAUAUAUGUAAAUAAAGUUAUCUUGGACUUAU